CAACAUUUGCCGUGUCCACACAAAAAUAUUAACCAUGGAGCUCUUCUUUCUAUCUCUAUCUGUGCUUCUUAUCGUCGUCUCUCUUGCCCUUAGCUUCUAUGCUUACAGAAGCAGCAAGGUGGGCGGUGCCACCAAGCUGCCCCCUGGUAGUCUUGGAUGGCCCAUCAUUGGUGAGACUCUUGAAUUUGUGUUCGGAAAGCCAGAGAAAUUUGUGGGAGAUAGGAUGAAGAAGUACUCCUCUGAUAUCUUCAAGACCAAAAUAUUUGGAGAGCCGACCGCCGUUAUUUGUGGCCCCGCCGGUAACAAAUUCCUCUUCUCCAACGAGCAAAAGCUCGUUGUAGCUUGGCGUCCACAUCCUAUGCAGAGGYUCUUCCGCUCCUACCAGCAGCAGGCUUCAGCUCCGGYUGCAGUUCCCCCCAAGCGCGGGGAAGAGACAAAAGUCUUGCGUUCCCCAGGCUUUCUUAAGCCGGAAGCUUUGGUUCGAUACUUGGGCAAAAUGGACUCAAUCAGUCAGCACCACCUCCAAACGUACUGGGAAGGAAGAGAUGAAGUGAAGGUYUUCCCCCUUGCCAAGACAUUCACACUAACCUUGGCCAGUCGUUUCUUCUUGGGGAUUGAAGACCCAGAACGAGUGGCCAAGCUUGUGAGUAAAUUUGAUGACAUGACCUUGGGAAUGCAUUCCAUAAUUUUAAACUUCCCUGGAACGCAAUUUUAUCGUGGUAGCAAGGCGGCCAUUGAAGUUCGGAAGGAGCUUCAGCUGGUGAUUAAAGAGAAGAAAACAGCAAUGGCUACCGGUGCACAAAUGCAAGACAUACUGUCCCAUAUGAUCGUAGCGACCGAACCCACUGGCAGGCUUAUGCCAGAGGCCGAGAUCGCCGAACAAAAGGAAAUCUACCUGUCGAAAAAAGCUGGAGAUGCACUAGAAUGGGAUGAUAUUCAAAAUAUGAAAUACUCAUGGAAUGUAGUAUUAGAAGCAAUGAGACUGACACCCCCUCUACAAGGAACAUUCAGAGAGGCAAUAACUGACUUCACCUAUGCUGGAUAUACCAUCCCAAAGGGUUGGAAGGUGUAUUGGACAGUUAGCAGUACAAACAAAAAUCCAGAGUAUUUCCCAGAACCAGAAAAAUUCGACCCAACAAGAUAUGAUGAAGGGACUGGAUUUCCAAUUCCUUACACUUUAGUUCCAUUUGGCGGAGGACCUCGAAUGUGUCCAGGAAAAGAGUAUGCUCGAUUAGCAGUACUCACCUUCAUCCAUAACGUGGUGAAAAGGUACAAAUGGGAAGUGGUGUUUCCGGAGGAGAAGAUAAUAGGCGAUAUGAUGCCUACCCCUGCAAAAGGACUUCCGAUUCGUCUGCAUCAACAUUAGGAAAAUUUUCUGUCCACAAAGUUUCCCCACUUCUUGUUCAUUUCCCCUUUCUUCCUUUUAUACAGUGAAUCGUUGAAGCAUAAGCAAUGUAGAUCAUGGCAGCGGUGAAAACCUAUAUAUCCCCCGGCUUUUUAUUUCUUUCUUAAUUUGUUC